UCUCGCCACCAGUGAACUUCCGUACCCAACUGACAUCUUCUUCCUCAACACACUCAUGGUGGUGCCUCCAAAAUUCCGGCCGUGCAAUUACCGAGAAGGCGUGGCGAUAGAGCACCAGCACACCUGUUAUCCUCAGGAACAUAGUGCGUUUAAGCAAGGUGCUGCGCUUCCUGCUGUCCCUGGUGAAUGGCAGUGUGCGAGAGCUGCCUGAGGUGCUGCAGUACAUGGUGGCAGAGGUGGCUGGCAGCACGCAUGUGGAGAAGAUCCAGACAGUGUGGUACCAGCUGCAGAACUAUGUGGAUGCCCUUUAUGAUGCUGAGCUGAGCCGACUGGUGAAGUCUACCACGAAGGGGAUGAGGCAGAUCAUAGAGAAGAAGGAAGGGCUGUUUCGCCACAACCUGAUGGGCAAGCGUGUUAACUUCUCGGCACGCUCCGUUGCUGCGCCGGAUCCCAUGUUGGCGGUGGAUGAGGUUGGAGUGCCUAAAGACUUUGCAGUGCGGCUGUACUACCCAGUGCCUGUCACACAGUGGAAUGUGGAGUACCUCAGGCAUCUGGUGCAGAAUGGGCCGCUGGUGUAUCCUGGGGCGGUGAUGGUGGAGGAUGAGGAGGGUCACCGGAAGCACCUCAAUGCCAUGGACCCCAAGCAGCGUGAGGCGAUGGCCAAGAAGCUGCUCACACCACCAGAGUCACAUGUGCACUGUGUUAAUGCCCACAAGAUAGUGUUCCGGCAUUUGCAGAAUGGAGACUUUGUGCUCAUGAAUCGCCAGCCGACCCUCCACCGACCCAGCAUCCAGGCCCACCGUGCUCGGGUGAUGCCCAAUGACCGAGUGUUCCGCAUGCCCUACGCUAACUGUAAGGCCUACAAUGCUGACUUUGACGGGGAUGAGCUCAACAUGCACUUCCCACAGAAUGAGUUAGCCCGCAGUGAGGCCCAGUACUUGGUAACGACACAUGCCCAGUACCUCACACCCAAGGAUGGCUCUCCCCUUGCUGGUCUUAUACAGGACUGUGUGGUGGCCAGUGUGAUGCUGACCAUGAGGGGAAAGUUUUUCACCCGCCAGGACUACCAGCAGUUGGUGUACUCAGGGCUGCCUGACCACACUGCCCGGAUCAAGACUCUGCCUCCCACCAUCCUCAAGCCCCAGCAACUGUGGUCUGGCAAGCAGGUCAUGUCCACACUGCUGCUCAACAUCAUUCCAGAGCACAAGGCCCGCCCCUCGUUCUCCUUCAGGACCUCUGUGAAAGUAGAUCUGUGGCAGACGAGUGAGCCGCGGCCGUGGCGGGCAGGUGGUUCAGCUGAGCACAGGCGGGAGACCAUGACAGACUCAGACUUUGUGAUGCGCGACGGGGAGCUACUCUCGGGAGUCAUCGACAAGAGUGCCAUCGGGUCAACAAGCCACGGCCUGGUGCAUGUGUGUUAUGAGCUGUAUGGUGGAGUGGUUGCAUCCAAGCUGCUGACGGCCAUCAAUCGUUUGUGUGUGUACUACCUCAAGUGGUGUGGCCACACCAUCAGCGUCAAGGAGUUUGUCACCCCAAAGAGUGUCAGCGAGUGGCGGCGCAAUGCUCUCAGCAAUCUUGUUGAGAGGGCAGCAUUUGGUGUGAGCCUGAAGCUGGAUGUGAUGGAGGCAGACCUAAGGGAGUACUAUGAGCGCUGUCACAUGUCUGGCAAUGAGAAAGACAUGGCAUCCAUAGAUGCUGCAUACACUGCUGUCUUGGGCUCCACCACCUCCAGUGUCACAGGGCAGAAUGAGAAGCAGCUGUUGAGGCGAGGCCUGGACAACCACAUGAGGAUGAUGGUGGACACUGGGGCUAAGGGUUCUAAGGUUAACAUGAACCAGAUGGCAUCACUGUUUGGGUCUGUGGCCAUUGACGGGAAACGCAUGCCACUCAGCAUCACUGGCAAGUCCCUCCCAUCCUUCAAGGCGUAUGAGGUCAACCCCCGUGCUGGAGGUUACAUCCCGGACAGAUUCAUGACCGGCAUUAACCCAAAGUCCUACUACUUCCUCUGCAUUGUGGGCCGUGACAGUCUGCAGCACACUGCCGUGAAGACUGCAGACAGUGGCUACCUGCAGCGGUGCCUCAUCAAGCACCUGGAGGGCAUCCAGGUGAAGUAUGACAUGACAGUGCGCAACAGUGAUGGCCUGGUGCUGCAGUUUUCAUACGGCGAGGAUGGUCUGGAUGUGACGAAGGUGCCGUUCCUGAAGAGCCUGGCGACAAUGGAUGUGUUGGUGCAGAAUGGCCAUCGUCUCAUGGAACCUCGUGCCCUUGCCCUGGCAAAGUCCACUGGUGAACAUGAACUGGUGGAGAAGUACAGGAAGAAGAUGAGCAAGCGGAACAAGAAGGGCGUCAACCAGAGUGGUGUGCGGUGGAGUGGCUUCCUCAAGUUCUGCAGUAAGAUUGACGAGCAGAAGCACAUCCCAGGCUACACAGUCGGCCGCUCCAAUGCAAACCUCCACCUGCAGAACCUUUGGCACCAGCUGAGGCCUGAGGAGAGAGACAAAUACAAGAAGAAAACCGCCAAGAUUUUGGAUCCCAUCAACUCAGUGUUCUCCAGUGCUUCCAACCUGGGUGUGGUGUCUGAGGCCCUGGAUGCCAUGGUGGCCAAGUAUUAUGAGCAAGUGCAUCUGCCCCACACCCCUGCCACACACCGCCUCACCAAGCGGGAGGUGGCCACAGCCGUGCACAUGAAGGCUCUCAAUUCCAUCGUCAACCCAGGAGAGGCUGUAGGGGCGCUCUGUGCUCAGGCCCUUGGGGAACCUCUCACUCAGAUGACCCUCAACACUUUCCACUUCGCUGGCAGGGAUGAGCUCAACGUCACACUUGGUGUGCCCCGCAUGAAGGAGGUGCUACGUACGGCCUCCAAGAACAUCUCCACCCCAAUUAUGGAAGUGCCUUUUCUGGACCACGUCACCAGGUCACGGGCUGAGGCCCUGCGCAUGAAGCUGUCCGAAGUGUCCCUGGGCAAGGUGCUGGAGAGUAUGACCAUCACCACAGGACUGCACCAGAAGGAGUCUGGGAGGCUGAAGCACCGCACCGUCCUCCGCCUCACCUUCCUGCCACACAAGGAGUACCGCUUUGUGUACGCUGUUACUCCCUCACAGAUCCUGGCCUUUGUGGAGAAGGAGUUCAUCCCCAAAAUCGUCAUGAAGGACAUCCACAAUUCCUUCAAGCACAAGAUGGCCAUGUGUGACUCAUACAAAAAGAGGCCGUCAAGAAAAACUGCACCAGAGGAAAGGGAGGGACGAGAUGCAGCAGAGGAUGCACAGGAAACAGAGAAGAACAAAAUAACAUUUGGUGUAUCUGAUGAUGAAAAUGAAGAAGAGGAAGAUGAAGAGAGGGCUGCUGGAGAUGGAGAUGUUGCUACCUCAUCAUGGAGCAGGAAGCAGGAAGAGCAGGACUACUCUGAGCCUGAGGAGGAGGAGGACCGGGAGGAAGGUGGCCUGUCAGAUGAUGAAGGAACAGAGAGCAAAAAGAAGGAUGCUGUGGCUGAGGAUGAAGGCUUUGGAGAGGAGGAGAUGGAGGAGGCAGGGGAAGAGGAGAACAUGGAGAUGCCCAGCUCCAACCUGCACCUCAGCACCAAGCGACGCAAGGAGAAUGUGAGCCCUGAAGAGGCGAGGCAGCGUCAGGAACUGCUCAUGGAGAAAGACUCAUGGAUCGUGGACUACAACUUUGACAGGGAGGGAGAGCUGUGGUGUGAAGUGACCUUGGAUCUGCCAGUGAGCCGUGGAGUGUGUGACCUGCACUCCAUUGUGCGCUCAGCGGCGACACGAUCGUUGGUCCAUUUUGUGCGAGGCAUCCGCCGUGUCUUUGUGGUGGAGAAGGACAGCCGACUCAUGCUCAGGACAGAGGGGGUCAACAUUCUGAAAAUGUUUGAAUUUGAACAUCUGCUGGAUGUGAACCACCUGUACACCAACAACAUCCACCAGGUGGCACAGAUGUAUGGCAUCGAGGCGGCGCAGCGCUCCGUCAUCCGGGAGCUGCGUGCCGUCCAGUCUGCCUACGACAUCAAGGUUGACUUCCGGCACCUCACACUGCUGGCAGAUUACUUCACCUGUGAGGGAGAGUACAAGGCUUGCUCCCGGCAGGCCCUGGCAUCCUCACUCUCUCCCAUUCAGAAGAUGUCCUUUGAGACCUGCACACAGUUUCUCAAGUCAGCAGUCCUUAGAGGUGAGAGGGAUCGCAUGGAAUCUCCCUCAGCCAGCAUUGCAUUCGGCCAGCCUGUCAAGCUUGGCACAAAUGCAAUGCAACUUCUUCAAACAGUGAAUGUUGGUGGAUCUUGAGAGGGUCACCAAUCCUCCAACUCUCCUGAUGUGAACCUGGGUUGCUGGGCUUGAUUGUGAUGCAUUGUCUGGUAUGUCUUCAGUCUCUUCACUAAUAAAGUAUACAUAUACUGAAAAGCUAA